GUUUUGCUUGUACCUUCCAUUAUGGAUGCUUUCUUGGAACAGUACGAUCGACAGAGGGCAUUGGCUGAAUCCGAUGACUCAGUUCUGCAGACAAAGAACAUCUCCCGGCUGGACUUGCAGAGCAGAUGGAUUUGCUGCGUGAAAAGAUUGAUGACCUAUUUGCUGCACCUGGGUCGUUUCGCUCUAAAAGGGAACGGGAUUCGCACAUCAACCUUGCACUUCUACCAAUAUCUCCCUCAGCCACGCUUCAUGGCAGCCAAUGCCCCCGAUGAUGAGGAUGAAGGCAUUGGAGAGCUCAUCGUCUCUGAGGUUAUCCGGCUGGUUGAAGAGGAGAUACAACGAUAUAUUGCAACUUUGCAGAAUCAGCGAGAACCUGCCCAAGAAGGAAAUGAUUGCAAGCUGUGCCCAUUUCGAAAAUUUCCUCGCAGAGACCGCUUGUUGCAGCACGUGCAGAAAUACCAUUGCAAAGAUAGGCUGUUCACAGCCAAUGGGCGCAGCCAAGCUCAAUGGAACAUCCUCUUAGCAUUGUUUGAGCAAGAACAGGUCUCUUGCCCAUUGCAGCCCCCUCAGCUCCAGAGCAAGCUGCUUCAUACAUCUGCAACCAUGUUGCGACAAUGGAUUUCGCCCGACGCUGCCACGCAAAGAUACUUGGCCACUCACAAUGGCUUCGACUUGGUGCAGUGCCUCACAUCCACAGGUAUGCGAUAUCUUCUCAAAGCACAGACAGUAAACUCCCGGCGACUUCACAAGAAGCUGUACUAUGAUCAUACUCUGGUCAAUGUCCUCCUCCCGACCAUGCUCAAGCACGCUGGCAAAUCCGAGCCGACCUUUCUGGAACUCACACGACAUUUUGUUCUAAGUGGAUCUCCCUGUGCUCUCCUUGGCUUACGCAACCGUUUGACGCGGAGACGACUUAUGGAAGAUUUAUGGACGCUAGAGCCUAUCACUAGUCUUCGCCGAAAGUGUAUCAACAAGUGCACGAAGCAAGGUGAGUGGACAGUCUUGUCGCACGAUGCAACCUUCAAAAGCUUGUUUUCAGUACUGGGGCAGGACAAGAUGUCACAGAAAGCAGGGGAAUCCACGCAGUGCACUCCAUCCUGGGCAAAAGUGGUGCACUGCCUGGACUACAUCGACGACAUCCAAGAAGUGUGUCUUCGGCAUCCCAGUGAAAUGAACCGCCGGAAUUCCAGCGGACAGUCUGCUGCCUACAACCCAAUGAUUGCGCAGAGAUCGCAAGGUCAGCUUCUUGCUCUGCUGGAGGGCAUCCUUGGCUUGGAGUUUUGUCAGCCAUUUGGGGAACAGGCUGCGCUUCCAGCCACCAACAGAGCAGCCAUUGUGCGCCCUGUGCAUGGAGCUGACCCGCAAAAACUCCGGCACUUUAAGACUGUGGCGGCGGUGCAAAGACGGCAAUGGGCAAAGCAUGUGGAAAAACGAAAGUCCCGCAACAAUGCCGGGCGAAUCAAGCGCACAGUUUUCACGAAACGCAAGGAACGCAAGCCUCGACGACCAAUAAAAACAGCUGCUUGCACUGCAGUCUUCCUUGUCACUUUCGACCAUGUCACCUUCAAAGUUAGAAACGGCAUUCAUGAGUCAUGUUGCACUCGCAUUCUUGCUCAUGGCUGUCCACAUUGA